GGGAGGAGGAGGAGGAGGAGGAGGAGGUGUUUCUCUGCCUUCCUACCCUUAAACGCGAGUCUGGCCGCGGAGCAGGGCUGGAGUCGCACCGCACGUGUGGCUGCCCCUGGGUUGCUCUAAGAAUAUUAGUAAAUCCCCGUGGUUCAUAAUAAAAUCAUUUUCCGCCGGCGGUACGGCGUUAAUACAGUACUGCUUAUCAGGACACCCAACCUUACCAUGCAAUGUACUCAAGUUCAAAUCCACUACCAUCAUGUUGGAUUGCGGACUGGAUAUGACGUCUACUCUCAAUUUCCUUCCAUUGCCGCUGGUUCAGAGCCCCAGGCUGUCCAAACUUCCUGGUUGGGUUUUGAAAGAUGGAAGCACAUUUCUGGACAAGGAACUAAAGGAAUGCUCUGGCCAUGUGUUUGUAGACUCUGUGCCUGAGUUCUGUUUACCAGAGACUGAGCUGCUUGACCUCUCCACGGUAGAUGUAAUCUUGAUCUCAAACUAUCACUGCAUGAUGGCAUUGCCCUAUAUCACAGAGUACACAGGAUUCACUGGAACAGUGUAUGCCACUGAGCCCACUGUUCAAAUUGGCAGACUUCUCAUGGAAGAACUGGUGAAUUCUAUUGAACGUGUGCCAAAGGCUCAGUCUGCCUCCAUGUGGAAGAACAAGGAGGUACAGAGAUUGCUGCCCGCCCCUCUGAAGGACGCGGUGGAGGUGUCUAUGUGGAGGAAGUGCUAUACCAUGCCAGAAGUGAACGCUGCACUCAGUAAGAUCCAGCUGGUCGGGUAUUCUCAGAAAAUUGAGCUGUUUGGUGCUGUGCAGGUCACCCCUCUCAGCUCGGGCUACGCUCUUGGAAGUUCCAAUUGGAUUAUCCAGUCGCACUAUGAAAAGGUUUCCUAUGUUUCAGGAUCUUCUCUACUUACAACACACCCUCAGCCCAUGGACCAGGCUUCUCUUAAAAAUAGUGAUGUUCUCAUCCUCACGGGUCUUACACAAAUCCCUACUGCUAACCCAGAUGGCAUGGUAGGAGAGUUCUGCAGCAACUUGGCUAUGACUGUCCGGAAUGGAGGAAAUGUGCUGGUUCCCUGUUACCCCUCUGGAGUAAUAUACGAUCUGCUGGAGUGCCUGUAUCAGUAUAUUGACUCUGCCGGACUCUCCAAUGUCCCUUUUUAUUUCAUCUCACCUGUUGCCAACAGCUCCCUUGAGUUCUCCCAGAUCUUUGCUGAAUGGUUGUGUCAUAACAAACAAACAAAGGUAUAUCUUCCAGAACCUCCUUUUCCCCAUGCUGAGCUCAUUCAGACAAACAAAUUGAAACAUUAUCCCAGCAUCCAUGGAGACUUCAGCAAUGACUUCAAGCAGCCAUGUGUUGUGUUCACUGGACAUCCCUCUCUUAGAUUUGGGGAUGUGGUUCAUUUCAUGGAGUUAUGGGGAAAAUCUAGUUUGAACACUGUUAUAUUCACAGAACCUGAUUUCUCUUAUCUGGAUGCCCUGGCUCCUUAUCAACCUUUGGCAAUGAAAUGUGUUUACUGUCCCAUUGACACAAGACUGAAUUUUAUUCAGGUGUCUAAAUUACUCAAAGAAGUCCAGCCUCUCCAUGUAGUUUGCCCGGAGCAGUACACUCAGCCACCACCCACCCAGUCUCAUCGCACAGAUCUGAUGAUAGACUGCCAGCCUCCACCAAUGUCCUACCGCAGAGCAGAGGUGCUGACUCUUCCAUACAAGCGGCGCUAUGAGAAGAUCGAAAUCAUGCCAGAACUUGCAGAUUCGCUUGUGCCCUUGGAGAUUAAGCCUGGUAUUUCCUUAGCAACAGUUUCUGCCGUGUUGCAUACUAAAGACAACAAGCAUGUGCUGCAGCUCCCUCCAAAACCUCCGCAACCUCCUGCCAGCAAGAAGAGAAAGCGAGUGAGUGAUGACGUGCCAGAGUGUAAACCUUUGAAGCCAUUGCUGAGUGGCUCCAUUCCUGUGGACCAGUUUGUGCAGACGCUCGAGAAGCAUGGUUUCAGUGAUGUGAAGGUGGAGGACACAGCUAAGGGCCACAUCGUACUCCUCCAGGAGGCAGAAACCCUCAUUCAGAUUGAGGAGGACUCCACACACAUCAUCUGCGACAAUGAUGAACCUUUGAGGGUGAAACUGCGUGACCUGGUUCUCAAAUUCCUGCAGAAAUUCUAGCUCGUGGACAUCAUGCUGCUCUGCAAGGAAAGACCCCAGAGCACCAGAGCUAAGAGCUUUCCAGAGGGUGACCUCUGGGAGAGAGAGAGAACUUCUUGAUUCAGAGAGACCAGAAACCACCUUCCCCUUCAUGGAGAAGCAAGGAAGUAUUUUUAAUAUCUAUCUAUUUUUAAAAUUUUAUUUUUAACUGGUUUUGGAAUACUUUGGAGGGGAUUCAUGUUCUGUAAAAUUGGGAGUUGGAAUCUUAUAGGAGAUAGGAACUGCAGAGUAAAUAAGUAGAGUGUAUAUUUACAAAGUCAGGGUGAAAUGCAGACAUUUCUCUGUGUGACCCUCUCAGCAAUGUAUGCCCCGGUCCUUUACCUGAGAAAACUCUGUAGGAAUAUUGAAACAAUGGCCUUAGAUAUUAAGAGAUUUAUUUUUCUCCCCACUGCUUCUUCCUGGUCACCAGAUCCAAUUUCCUGUGUGUCCUCCAUCUGCAUUUGUAGACGUGUAUUUCACUGGCACGAAGGGGAAUGAGAAAGCUGGUAAGGCAAACAUUACAAAAAUAGAAGUAGAAAAAGGGGGCUAUGCUGGACAUGUAGAAUACCUUCGAAGCGGCAAGAGCCGGGCCAUUCCCUGCAAAAGCAGAGGGAUUUUGGAAAAGCUGUAUGCUUUAGCAAUGCAAAGUGUUUAUUGAUGCUUGCACCCUCACCCGUUACGACCAGAUUUGUCCACCUAGUUCUAGGCUCUUCACUGAGACACGCAAAAGAUAUCUCAGGAAGAUACUUUCAAAAGUACAUAAAGUAGUUAAACUCCUAGUGCUUAUGAAAAACCUUUUAGAUUUAAGUGCCUUUUGUUUCUACCUUCCAAAAACCUGUCCUUUCAGCCCCCACAAUCCCAAAUCCUGGCUGAUGUACUGAGUCAUUUAUACAAAGCUAUCUGUACUGCAGACCUGGGGAGGUUUUUCACUCCCAAAACCAUAUAUUUGGGGCCUAAACUUAGUUAAUAGUAUUGCUUUCAAAAGCGACCAAUUUCUCAGAUUUACUGCUGUUUGUUUUUUAUUGGAUUGUUUUGUAUUUAUUUGGUGUUAAAAAUAAAAAGCAUAGUAAGACUGCCAAGGAGGAAGCACAUUCUGUGGUUUAUAAAAGCAUCUGCAUGCCUAUUCCACAUCCGCCUGUGCGUGUAUGUACACAUUUGUAAAAUAUAACUACUCCUUCAGUUUAUAGAUUUGGGGAGAUUAAGGCAGUGGAAGAACAGCUCUGUAAUGAAAACUACUUGCUAUUGCAGUUUCCACAUCACAUUUCAUACACAUGAAAGAUUUCUGUUCGAUUGGAUGUACAGACUCCAGCAUCCAUGCCUUCGCUUUGUGUGUAUGUCAUGGGCGUGAGAGAAAUAGUGUCAUUAAUGUGAUAAAAAACUUGUUGCAGUAGCAUUAAUGCUCAUAAGAGUUUACAACAUUUGCAGUAGCUCAGCUUCUUUAUCAUCUUGUAAUUAAAUCUCCAGAAAGAUUAUUCUUAACACGCAGAGGCCAUGUGAUAAACUCAGCUGAGCUGAGGGGGAGAGGGAGAGGGAAGAGUGGGCCUUGUAAUAUAGGAGUCCUUGAGAGCGUCUUUCUGCUUGUUACCUAGACCAGCUGCAGCUUUGGUGCCAGUGCUCCAGAGCCUUCAUUUUGUGAAUCUACUCAUUUGCAUUUAUAAUUAUAAGGGACUUCACUUGUUGCUUUAAGAAGCCAGACCCGAGGCUGCGUGUUGGCGCUCGUUGCAUCCGCCUUGGCUGAGCACGGGCAGUCCGGCGGCGUCGGUGGGCAGACCACGAAGGCAGUGGUUUCUGCUUGGCGAAGGCUGCGCUUGAGCAGCUGAGUAUUAGGAAAUCCGAGUCAGUGCGCUGCCACGGAGGAGUGACGGGGGACCUCGCGGGAGCGAUCAGCAGGUGUAACGAUUCACCAUGAAGAGCUUGUUUUGGGGCAAAGAACAAGGAAAAAAAUCAGUUUGCCGGCGCAGCGAAGGUACACCACAAACCUGAAAUUCCUCUGUUUUUCCUGAUGUCUUUUGGGGAAGGGGAAGGAAAUUCAGUAAUUAGCACUUUAUGGCUGCUUAUGAACGAUGCCGCCGUCCCCUCAUUGCAGCCGUGUGAUGCUGUGCUUCUGAACCACGGCUGACCCUCCCAGCUUGGCUCCACCAAGCUUUUGGGUCAGCGUGGGCUCUGGCCUGGGACUUCUCCCCUCACCAAACUGCUGUUGGAGGCCACGUGGGUACAGAUGAGCGGAGCUGCGACUCCUGGCAGUAAACGGGCUCUGAGAGCUCAGUUCCCAGGACCCAAGGAGCAAGAAGCAUUAAAGCCCAUCUACAAAGAGUCAAGACCUUGGCUGGGGUAGAGCCAAGUUGUAGCUCCUUGUAGUAAGGAUGAUUCCCUUGACCCAGAACCCAAGAGCUGAACUAGCUGGGUACUGAGACACACGGGGACGUUUCUAUGACAUUUGUGUGGUUAUAUGACAUGGAGGCCUGCAGUAACAGGGCUGCGGAUUCACUGACGUAAAAGAUUCAAUCGAGCUCUGUGUCUCUGUGACUCUGCAGGUGUAUGAGGGUGAGAAGACGAGAGAUUUGCUGUCUUUGCUGAAGUUAUGCAGUCCAACCAGCCCUGCACAUCAGGGGAGAAUAACCUCCUCAUGUACUCAUCCAGCAUGGCCUUGUUAUACAGACAGACAGGUUAGACAGGGAGGCUUUACCGAUCUCAAGGUAUUAAGGAAAUAUUUAAAUGUGAGGAGUGAGACAGCCUGUAUCGACCACAACAGCUACUCCACAGGUGUGACUAGUGUAUAAUUGGCCCAAAUAAACCCUGCUGCUCUCAGCCCACCAUGGAAAUCUCUCAGUGCUGCCUAACUUGACAGAACCAGGGAGAGCCAAUCUAGUCCUGCCUCUGAUGGAUGAUUUCAGACAUGUUCCUGGAGCAGUGCCUCGCUUUCCUCUUACAUGAAAUAGAAAUUGUACCAUCCUCCUUUGCAGGCUGCCUUGAGACUUAACAUCUGAAAGCUGCUGCGGUGGAAGUCGUAUUAAAAGCACAGUGGUUUGAAG